AUGGCGCGGUACACCGUCACGGUGGUCCAGCCGAGUGGGCGGCUAACGCGCCUACUGAUUGUCCUUUCGCCGGAGCAGCUCUGCUCAGAUUUGGUGGAUAAGAUCGAAAGCCGAAUUUCCAGCCUCAAUCCCGCUGCCUCCUACGGCACCUUUACUCUUCGGUUGAAUACCGCUGAUGGCCCGAUCCUCGACCCCGAAGACCUACUCCUCGACGCUCUACCGGACGCUAUAGACGUUGUCUUCGCUGUAAUAGACGACCUACCAGCAGCGGAUGCAGCAUUUCAGGACCACGCCUCGAUGCCUUCGGGUGGCCUCCCCAAAACAGAUACCACCGUCGGCUCCCUAAAGGUCAGGGUCAUCACACCGGAGCUCGCUCGCUCUCAUUUGAAUGUCAACGAUAUCCCGUUAAUUUCAGGCACGAUCACUUCGAACACCACACUGAAGGAGCUCCGCCGCCAAGUCGAACAGCAUCUUAGUCUACAAGCUUCUUCACAACCAGAGGACAAUCACCAUGUCCACUGCAAUUGUAGCUUCGCACGACAAAUUGACGCUCAUGCGUCACUAGAUACAGACAACAUGCUCGUCGACGCCGCAGCUCCCAACAAUGUUAUCGUUGUCUACGGCUACAAUGAGGUUAUCAGUGUUGCCGUGGACGAAAAGACACAAGAAGCCGUGAAGCGAGCAGUACACCUACACCUUCCAGCCGAGGCUGCGCAAGCCCAGCUCUUCACGCUCGGCGGGGCUCGUCAAUUAGCAUUGGACUCGAAUCCUCACUACCUGAGGCUUCCGGUCGUCGCUCUUUGUGCCUCGGCGCGCCAUAGAGCUGACAUGUGUUCUUCCGCAGAUGAAGAGUCCUCAGGUGAAGCGUCGUCUUCCUUCUUACCGCGCUGUAGGUUUAUGGUCGACAUGCAUACGUCUGAGAUGCCCAUCCAUGUCACGACUCACAAUCGCGACGUUACCCUGGAGGCCAUCGGUCUUGAUGAAUGCGCUGUCGAUGGCGUGCUUAACAUCUAUGCAGUCAAACGAGUUGCUCCAGAAUCUGUGAUUGAUUUUGCGGUCAAGGCCGAAGGUCAACGUGAAAUUUACUGCCAGAGCCCUGCCUGGAAGCAUCCUAUGGGGCAAUCUGAGCGUGGCCUUGCCAAUUUUCUCUCUUCCCUACGAGUAUUUGUUGGCCUGGUACAACCUAUGAAGAUGGAAGAAGCGGAGCAAGACGCCGUCCUUCACUUGCUCAUGCUGCUUACGAGGUUUCCGCCUGCUGUUCGAGCUGUGCAAAUCUUGAUGCGAGGUGAGACGACCCAACCUUCAGAGCGUGCUGCAAUCAUUCAGUCUGUGCACGAGGUCCUCAAGGACAUCGUUCCCCCUCGGGUCGUCAACAACAACACCACGAGGUUACUAGAAGGCUCUCGUCUUCUAUUUGGUUUGAUCCUGGAGAAAGCGAAACAUCUGCAGCGUACUAUGCAAAGUCGAGAAGAAUUACGAUUUCCUUACAUGGAUUCGUACACAAUUUACGAACUUCGAAACCUGAUCACAAUGGAAUCAGUGGUUACACCGAUACAGACUACCACGGGGCUUGUUGACCAGGGCUUCUUCAACGCCUUCAAAGCAGGCGGACCUCUGAGGUGGAAGAACGGAAAUAAUAAUGAAAUGGCUACAACGUCCGAUAGUUCACUCCUUCGAGCCUGCUUGCUGUUCGGUGGCAUCAAAUCCCAAGUCUUAAGCUUCGACAUCGAUACCAUCGUUUCCAGCAGUCGUUAUGCUGAUGGCGGAGAUGUUACAAAGGUCCUUUCACCUACUGAGCUAUCUGAUCUCCAGUACCUUUCAGGCCUUUGUAGCCGCAAUCAUCUUGGUGUUAUCCAUCCAUCAUCGCUACCAUCUACCGAUCCACCAGUCUUGACUCUCGAUCGAGCGGGUUUGCUGGCUGUUUACGUGGGCCGGCAAGCGUGUGGCCAGGCUGGACGUGACAUUAACAUGUUUCGCCCUACAAGCACUGUUGUAGAGGAGGCUGUUGAUGUUUCUAUCAUCACUCAGCUCCUUAUACCUAUUCUCGGACGAUAUGCGGCCGACGGAACAGCAGUCUUCGAAUCAUUCGGGGAUCGAACCCGGCAGAUCAAGGAGCCGAAUGAAAUCAUCAUGCUGUGCGUCGACGCCAGUUCUAGUAUGAAUUGGCGUUGCGGUUUUGAUGACAUCGAAGAAAAUGAAGAUGCUGGGGGUUCGUCAGACAUUGCAGACUGUUCUGUUCUGGAAGCAGAAACGGACAUUGAAAAUGCAGGCUUUGACCGACCAGCACUAGACGAACUGAAGGACUACUUGUCCAAACAUGAAUCUUUUAAAGAUAUGCUCGCAAUCGUUCACGGCGGAGACGGUGAAUUCAAUCGAUCUUCAAACGCUUUAAAAGUUCUCGAGAUUUUGCGUACGUUGCUUCAACAACAAAUUGCAGCCGGGAAGACGGAAUUGGACAGAGCUUCCAGGGCGUACCACAACCGACAAGCACGCACGAACAUCGAGCGAGGCCUUGAAAUUCUGAAGAAUCGAAAGAUCCGUUUAGCUCGGUACGAAGAUGCGCUGGUAGCGUUUUUGCUCUAUCGCGCUGAAAAUCGUGUCCUGGAUCAAAUGUUGACUUGGACAGUGGGAGACGAUGUCCCCGACGUCCCUAGAACCUCGCCAGAUUCGCACACAGUCGCUGGUCUCGAAUUUGUGAUACCCACGGAUUAUCUCUGCCCAAUUUCAAUAGAGUUGAUGGAAGAUCCUGUGUCCACCACUGAUGGAUUCACCUACGAAAGGAGGAGCAUCGAGCGUUGGUUGCAAUCUCACGAAACAUCGCCCUGCACGAACUUGGUCCUGCAAGCAACAGACCUGAUGCCUAAUUUUGGGACGAAGUCAGCCAUCGCUGAAUGGGUAGCCGGUAACGACAUCACGUCUAAUCAUCCUUCCACAUCUCGAGGGCACAUGAGUCUAUGUUUUCAGUCGCCGUUAGGCUCAAUAGACGCUACGAUUCCAGCUAGUAUCACAGUCGGAGACCUGUAUCAGAAGGCAUUCCGAGCGACCAAGGGACGAUACAGCUCAUUUUCUCUGCAACACAAUAACACGAUACUGAUUCCGUCCGAGGAGCUCGCAAGCUUAUACCUCACCGAGGCGAGUAUCAUUGUUGUCACACCCAUGGAGCCAGUGUCGCGCACAGCAGCACCAUCUAACAGCGACGCCGAGGAGCUCUGCUUAGUAAAGGUCUAUAUGAACGAUCACAAGAAAGUCAUGUUUUCAUAUUGGGAGCCGAGGACGAACUUGAAGACCUUAGCAUCGGUUAUUUUCCGAUAUUAUCGUCAUCGCGUUACCAUCUAUCGCCGAAUCGCGGUCUCAUGCCCACUCACCGUCUGGACCGACAUGCGCCACUUAGGGGACGGACAAUUCCAAGGAUCGCCAGAGGACCAUUGGCAGAACCUCAGCCGCUUUUUCAACGCCAAGCAUGCAACGGGACGCCUCGUUGACGAGGCGCUCUAUGAAGAGGACGAUGAUGUGCCUGACAGGAUCGCCGUAGACCGAGCAGGGGCGGUCCCGGUCCCGCUAGUACUCAAGUUGCGGUUGUCUCGAACCUCCAGCAGGACGAAACGCAAGCCUCUCUCUCGUAUGGAUGUUCUCAAGCAAAUGUUCGAUGCGUUUAUCAACCGACUUCUGGCAUAUGGAUAUCCGAGUCAUUUAGGAUUAGUCACUUUUCGCACCACGGCUUCGUUGACGCAGAACAUCACCCACGCCAUCGAAAACUUCCGUCAUGAGCUCAACAGCAUUGAAGCCUCGGGCGAUACUACAUUGUGGGAUGCCCUAUCGCUUGCUCGUGACAGCCUGACUCAAUACGCUACGAAAUAUCCUAAGGCCAGAUUGCGGAUCAUAUGCCUGUCUGACGGCGAGGACAACAAAUCAAAGCAAGUGGUCCAUGAAGUAGCCGCUGCACUAGUGCACGACCGCAUCACGGUCGACUCCUUUUGUCUGGGAACCGCUGACAUGAGUGAGCUCCAAGCUGUCUCGUAUCUGACCGGUGGUUACAAGUUCCAUCCCCACCAGCUAGAACACGCGAUGGCCAUAUGCGAGUUGGAGCCUGUUCUUUCUCUUUCUGAACGCCCAGAUAUCAUUCUACCUCCGUUUGGUCGUGGCGCCAGCGGGUCAUUAGACCGUUUGUAUCACGCGAUAAGCGAAGUCGAUGAAGAUGUCGUCACUAGAGACACCUUCCCGCAGCGUAGGGAGCAUCCAUUGAUGUCCGAAUCCUACGUCGAGCUGGGAAACCUUGCGAAUGUGAGCCGAUUCAGCAUGGCCAAUCGAAGCGACCUCAGCAUGCGGCUCGCUCGUAUCCACAAUGAGAUUCGCAAUUCAGCGGCCAAGGUUCAUCCACACUACGACAUAUAUGUAUGUGAGUCGAACAUGGCAAUGUGGAAGAUCGUCAUGCAAGGCCCGCCCGGUAGUGCAUACGCAACUGGGACUUUUCUCCUCUACCUCGAGAUGGGAGAGGACUACCCAAUGUUCCCUCCUAAAGGCCGAUUCGUGACGCCAGUCUACCAUCCAAACAUCAACCGGCAUGGACGCAUUUGUCACUCUAUCUUUGACCGCAAUUGGACUGUUGAUACAACGAGCAAGGACAUCAUCGACACAAUCUACUCUCUUCUCCUAGUUCCCGAGUUCUCGGACCCCAUCAACACCGUCGUCACGUUGGAUUUCCACUGGGAUGAGGUUCAAUUCAAAGAGGAGGCCGGGCUUCAUAUUGAGAUGCACGCAUCCAAAAAUCGUAUGCAAUGGAAGAGUGAGAUUUUGGGAUAG